AGCAGUCCCUGAACGCAUCUGCGCUGUCAGUUUGUCGUAACCUGCGUCAAUACGGCUGCGCCUAUUCGUCAUUGACUGUGUCCGUGUUUGUUUUCUGCAUUUCAUUUUUUACUUAUUUGUUUUUUUGUAUGUGUUGUAGCUGUAACCUCGGCUCUGCUGCUUCCCACGUACACGCACACGUUACCUCGGUCAAAGAAGAGGUCAUUUGUGUAUUUAUUUGCCAACUCUACAUCCAGAUUUUCACUCGCUGUUCUUCUGAUUAAUUUCUGACUGGAAAUCGUCCAAGUUUUCUCCUGACGUCUCUCUCCAGCGCUGCACUAUGAGUGAAUGAUGUCUGAGAGUCGCUGCCAUGGCGUGCAGCAGCCGUCAGACCAACGCCGAGACACUGGAGGGCUUUCAUGAGGUGAACCUGUCCUCGCCCACCACACCUGACCUUCAGAACCAGGCGGAACAGCAGCAGCAGCAGCAGCAGCAGCGCCCUCCUGCCCGUCACAACACACCGCCCACUUCUUUGUACCGCACACACUCACUGGGAGCUCACCCUUCUGGCCUUCCCACCUCCCUGCAGGCUGACCAACUCCCCACUCAACCAGUUUACUCCACCCCACGGCACAGUCACAAUGGAAGCAUCCCAGGCCUGGAGUCUGAGUCCUCAGACACUAAGUUCCAGUCCGGAGAGGAGGGGGACGAAUGCAGUGCUCUGAGUGACAGUCUUUCCCGGCUGCGCAGUCCAUCAGUGAUGGAAGUCAAAGAGAAAGGAUACGAGAGGCUCAGGGAGGAGCUGGCCAAAGCACAGAGGGAUCUGCUGUUGAAGGAUGAGGAGUGUGAGAGAUUAUCUAAAGUCAGAGAUCAGCUCGGCCAGGAGCUGGAGGAACUCACCGCCAGUCUUUUCCAGGAAGCCCAUAAAAUGGUGAGAGAGGCCAACGUGAAACAGGCCAUGGCAGAAAAACAGCUGAAGGAAGCUCUGGGCAAGAUCGAUGUUCUCCAGGCAGAGGUCCAAGCCCUGAAAACUCUUGUCCUUUCCUCCCCGACGUCACCUGUGGGAGAGCUGCCCCCUGCUGGUGGCGGUGUGAAGACGCCAUUCAGAAAGGGCCACAGCAGGAACAAAAGCACGUCCUCUGCCAUAAUGGGGACGCAGCCCGACCCGACCGCCACACAGCCCAUUGUGCGAGAGUGUAGAGAGGUGGAUGUUCAACUCUUCAAUGAGUUUAAAGCCUGGAAGGAGGAGCCCACGCUGGACAGAAGCUGCUGCUUCCUGGAGAGAAUUUAUCGAGAGGACAUUUAUCCCUGUCUCACCUUCAGUAAGAGUGAGCUCGGGUCGGCCAUCUUAGAGGCUGUAGAGCUGAACACACUCAGUGUGGAGCCUGUGGGUUUUCAACCACUUCCUGUGGUCAAAGCCUCGGCUGUAGAGUGUGGAGGACCAAAGAAGUGCGCCCUCAGUGCUCAGACCAAAACCUGUAAGCACAGAAUCAAGUUUGGGGAUUCCUCCAACUAUUACUACGUUUCUCCCUACUGUAGAUACAGAAUCACAGCUGUUUGUAACUUCUUCACUUACAUUCGUUACAUUCACCAAGGACUGGUGAAACAACAGGAUGCAGAGCAGAUGUUCUGGGAAGUCAUGCAGCUGCGCAGAGAAAUGUCUUUGGCCAAACUGGGCUACUUCAAAGAUGAGCUGUGACGGACACGCCCACGACCACAACCUCGCCUUGGAUUUAAAGCACUCCACCCGCCUGCAAACUCCGCCCAUUAUCCGUCUUGCUCCUCCCACUCCACUGCCUGCACCACCGUGAGUGAGUGAGUGGCGUCGGUGAGUAAACAGAAGAAAAAUCAACAAUCACGACAAAGAAAAAAAUAGGACGCGACCUCUGUCGUUAUGGACUCUGUUGAAGACAAACUGUCGUCUUUUGAAAGCAUUGAAAAGCUUCACCGUUUUUUCAUCCUAAGUCCAAAUCCAGAUGGGAUUGAACAUGUAUAGUUUCAAAGAGUUUAAAGGAGGAAAAUAAGUAACUAUAGAAAUAUGUCUGAAACUUCAAAAUAAAAGCCCCUACAUGUACAUUAUUGUGACAAAUCUAGUUUAUUUUAGGUUUUACAGACUAAACCCAGAAACAAAUACAUUUGGUAAAUCACAUCACAUACACUACACAUUAUUAUCACUUUAUAAAGUUUACAAAAAUCACAUUUUCAUCAUUUUUCUUUUACCUAGAAUUCUGAAAAACCUCAUCUCAAACUAAACCCUGUUCAAAAAUUAGAUUGAACAAAAAUGGAACCUUUUCUCCAUAAAUCUGGUUAAAUUUGUUUGUGACCAAACUAUGUUGUCGAUGAAGGUAUAUUAUUGUUUGCGUGUUUGUUAUUUAAAACGUUUCCCACUUUGUCUUUUAUUUUGUGGACGUUUAAGGUCCAGUGUGUAACACUUAGUGCGGUGACAACACAUUGCAAUAAGCUAACGGUCAAUGGUUUCUCCAUUAAAAACUGAGUGGGUCACAUGUCCGCCUCCCUCAGACACAUUGGUCUGGCCAGGCUGUAGUGGCAUCAUGGCUUCAACAGGUGGCAGCUUAGUUUUUAAUGGCGACAGCAAAGGACACUGAAUGUUACAGACUGGCUCUUUUACUGAUGUACAGUUUAAUGCAGCGAUAAUCACUACAUGAAAACUCGACUUUAUGAAGGAAAAAAAACACUUUAUUUAAUUAUUGGUUUGUUGGUAAAUUUUAUGUUUGAGUAGAAAAAAGGCUAAAAACCAUAUUAAGAUACUGACAAGUUGUUUUCCUUUGUGUUCAAGUCAGGAAAUCUGUACAUAGUGUGUGUGUGUGUGUGUGUGUGUGUGUGUGUGUGUGUGUGUUUGUG